GGAUUAUUUCUGUCAAAGAAUUUGUAAUGUUUGAGAAUGUUGUUUUCCUUGAAUAUUCAUGGGAGCUAAUUGUAAAAUUGUUAUACCUGUGAAGGAAUUUUUAAAAUUAAUAUGAUUUGUCAUGUAUUUGUAGUUAAAUUAAUUAUUGCGGUCAGAGGAAGAUAAAGGCUAUUUAUUACUUUAUCCCAUAAAUAAUAUAUUUUACUACGGAAAAUGGCAUCAACCGGAUUGCCUAAUAAAGAUGUGUCUUUCGAAUUGCUCCAAGAAGAAAUUGAAAGACUUGGUCGCGAGUUAGAUCAAGCUAGUAGUGAGAAAAUUCAGUCCGCCCAAUAUGGAUUAGUAUUGCUUGAGGAGAAAGAGGCGUUGCAGAUGCGAUGUGAAGAACUCGAAGCAUUAUAUGAUAAUUCCAAGCAUGAACUUGAAAUCACGCAAGAGGCACUGGCGAAGUUUCAAACCACACACAAAGUAACAACAAAGUCUGGAAUAGAGCAAGAGGAGAGUUUGUUAUCGGAGUCUGCUGCCCGCGAGACUUCCUUGAACUCGCAAAUUCUUGAACUGGAAAAUGAAGCAAAACAGCUGCGGCAGGAGCUGGAGCGGGUGGUCAACGAGCGAGACCGCGUGGUGCAAGAGAACUACGAGCUGGACAAGUCGCGGGAGGAGGGCGAGCUGGAGAGGAGGACCUUGCGGCAGGAGCUGCGCGAGCUCAAGUUCCGCGAGACGCGCCUCAUCACCGACUACUCCGAGCUCGAGGAGGAGAACAUCGGCCUGCAGAAGCAGGUCUCCGGUCUCAAGUCGUCGCAGGUUGAGUUUGAGGGUGCAAAACACGAGAUUCGAAGGCUACAAGAAGAAGUUGAAGUUCUCCACCAGCAAGUGGAAGAGCUUGCCAAACUUAAGAAAAUUGCUGAGAAGCAGAUGGAAGAAGCUCUGGAAUCUCUGCAAGCUGAAAGAGAAGCAAAGUAUGCUUUGAAGAAAGAACUAGAUCAUCGUAUCAACAGCGAAUCAAUGUUCAAUCUCAGCAACUUGGCAUUCAGCAUUCGUGGCAUGGGGGACGACCAGGCGACGGGCAGCGACGGGGAGGACGACCCGCUGGUGCUGAAGCGCAUCGAGGCGGACCUGAGGGGCGGGCCGGGCUCGCCGGACGGCAAGCAGGUGGACCUGUUCAGCGAGAUCCACCUGGACGAGCUGCGCAAGCUGGAGCGCCAGCUGGAGCAGGCGGAGGCGGAGAAGCUGCAGCUGGGGCAGGGGCUGCGGGAGUCGCAGGCGGGGGCGGAGCGGGCCCGGGCCGAGCUGCAGGUGUUCGCGGCCCGCGUCGCCCAGCUGGCGGCCCACGUCGAUGCCCUGCAGCACCUGCGAGAGCAGGUCGGCGGGGACCCGGCCCUUCGAGACCAGACUCAAGCAUUUGACAAAUUGAAUGCAUCAGUAACACUGUACAAACACUGGUUUUCCCUGGCAUCUCGGGAGAUAGAUCAACUGCGGGCUGACCUGCAGGAGUUGGAGAAAGGACUUAACUGUACAGAUGCUACACAGCAGCUUCGUACUGAAGUCACAAACCUUAAGAACAAGCUGUUAGACAACGAGCAGCAAGUGGUGGACCUGCAGAAUGACGUGAGGCUGCUGGGAGAACUGGCGGGAGAGGCCAGCUCGUCCCUCGACACCGCCCAGAACGACCUGCUCACCAUCUCCGACGAGCUGGCGCAGUUGUACCACCACGUGUGCACUGUGAACGGAGAGACUCCUAGCAGGGUUCUGCUCGACCACGAGAAACACGGAGGAAUGACACCAGAUGUGCAACCACAAGAUGGUUUUGCUAUGUCCAAAAUUGAGCUACUUCGCAGUCAGUUGAAGACUGAUGUUUCGUUGAAAGAUCUGGAGAGCUUGAAUGAUGCAGCUGGAAUGGCAAAACGUGUGGAAACUAUUUUAGAUCAAAUAAAGUAUCUUCGUACUGCUGUGGAAAAUACUAUUGAUCUUUCCAAGAUCAAGGGUAUGCGUGCAAAUAUAUCAGAAGCAAUAAACAAUGAUUCAAAGGAAGCAGAGCUCACUGAACUACAGGAACAAGUGAUUAAAUUAAAGUCCCUGCUGUCAACAAAACGUGAGCAAAUUGCAACUCUACGCACUGUUCUCAAGUCCAACAAAAACACUGCUGAAAUAGCACUGACCAACCUCAAGUCCAAGUACGAGAAUGAGAAGUCGAUUGUGAGUGAGACGAUGAUGAAACUACGCAAUGAGCUGCGGCUUCUUAAAGAAGAUGCAGCCACUUUCUCCAGUCUGCGAGCGAUGUUCGCGGCCCGCUGCGAGGAGUACGUGACGCAAGUGGACGAGCUGCAGCGGCAGCUGUCGGCCGCAGAGGAGGAGAAGAAGACCCUGAACCAGCUGCUGCGGCUGGCGGUGCAGCAGAAGCUGACGCUGACCCAGCGAAUGGAGGAGCUGGAGAUGGACCGCGAGAUGCGCAACGCCCGGAGGCACGUGCCGAGCGCGGGCGGCCGCGGCGCCAAGACGCGCUUCCCCCAGCCCGGCCGCUCCCACACGGGCAGGGACUACUUCUAGCCGCGCCCCCCGUGCGCCGUGUUCUGAACGCCCUGGCGACGCCUACCGACCAAACUAUGGAUCUCGCAAUGUGCGCAUUGUGCGCAAUAAACCCUGGUUCUGUGGGUGAUUGAGCUGAUGCAAACACUCACUGGUUUAAAUAUCACUUUUACGCAGGAAUAUUAAUAGUUGUGGGUAUCAAAAUGAGUGUUAAAAAAAAAAACUUUGUAUUUAAGUGUUGCAAAAAAUACUUAACUACUUGAAUAACUUAACUGUAUGCUAUGCAUGUUUGUUAUAACUGAUACGUAUAUACUGCAGACAGCAAAAGGUCUAACAAUAAACUUUUUAUAUCAUUUAAGUUCUGAUUCUUGAUGGUAUAUUUUUAUCAUUUUGAUCUUGUUUUGUACAAGUGACUUCUUUGCCCUACAAAUGGGAUUGUAUUCUGUUACAUGCGUUUCUUUCAUGUAUAAACUAUUGCAAUUUAUAUAUAUUUAUGACACUCUCUACAAUUGUAAUUAUAGUGAGAUUGGUAAGAUUUUAAUUGUUGAUGAUUAUAAUAGUUUUUUUUUUUUUUUUAAUUAAUCUUAUUUUGUAUUUUUUCCUGCGAAACUCUUUGCAGUUUGUUUUAUUAUUGUAAAGGAUUUAACAUGAAUAGCAAUCAGUCAAAACAUGUAAAACUAUGGUGGUACUAAAUUAAACAAAAAGAGGGAAUAUUGUUGACAACCUGUUACAUAAUUACAGAUUCAUUGCAGUAAUUUUCAAGUGUACAGAAAUAGCAAUAUAAUACUUAGUGACAUUGUUCAAAGGAAACACAUAUGUUAUUGGCACUGAAGUAUUUAUGAUGAGUUCUUUAUAAUGUCAGCAGUUCUAAAUGUACAAACAAGAGUUUUUUUUCCAGGUUCGUUGUAAUGAUAUUUCUUUCUAUAGUUUUUUGUUCCUUUUUACUUAGUGCCACGUAUGUUGAUUGCAUUUAGUAUUUUUUCUUUAUUUGAAAUAUUUAUACAUGAAACCUACAUACAUGUUUAGAUCAAAGAUUGCAAUUUCCUGGUAACAAAAUAUGUAGUUAUUUUUAUAAUUUGUUGUAGUAUUUAACACCGGCUAUUGGACAUAUGGCAAAUUACAAUUUUAUGCUCAUGGUUUUUUAGUGCUGUCAAACAAUAUUUUACUGUGAUUCUUAAAGGAAUGAAAAAUAUUUUUCGGAUAUUGUAAAACAAAUGAAAUUUUUAUUAGUCAUUGCUUACUUUUGAAUACAUUUGUAAGUAUGAAGGAAAAGGAGAUUAAAUUAAAAUGUAUCUAGUCUUUAGUUAUAAAUGUUUUAUUAUAUGGGACUAAAUUGUUUGGUAUAUUUGUGGUGGGAACAUGUUGGAAAUCAUUUGUUAUGUUUUACUUAGGAAUUUCACUGUUUGAAACAUAGUUUGUGACAUAAUUUUUAAGUAUAAGCAUUAAAUCGAAGAUAGGCAGUUUGUUGAAGUAGUGUAAUUGGAAAAAAUCCCACAGAUAUUGACCUGGUGAUUGUUUCCUCGAAAGAGUAUAAAUAGAGCUCACAAUGUCCAGUUGUAUUCAAACUGAUUCUUCCCCACUGUUCCACUCCAGUUGUCCAACUUUGCACUAGCUUGUGUCCGAGCCAUUCGGAGUGGGGCAGCCGUCCCUCUAGGUAAUAGUUAACGUACCAAAGUCAUUUGUCGUCCAUUUAUAAUCCAUGUUGUAAUGAAUGGGUAAAUGUGUGCUUGAAAACUGUCAACAUUAAAGUGUUUAAAUGAUGUGAUAGAGCAUUUAUUGUUGUUAUCGUUAUUCAAAUUUAGGCAGCUUUGUAUGAUUUGCAAAAUUGGUGGUCUAACUUUAUUUUGUAAAUAUGGUACAGUCGUAGACUUUUUCACUUUUUUCUAGCAAUAUUUAUUGUAAUUUUAUGUCUUGGACAAAAUUGUGUUUUAGGGUAAUUUUUUAACCAUUUGCCGAAGUUUUAAUGAAAUAUAAAAUAUUUGUCUUUUUAAAUAACAUUACAAGCCUAAUGGUCCAAAUGAUGUCUGAAUUUAUUUUCUGUGUGUUGCAAGGAAAGUCUAUCAGGUGGAUAGGAAGUUUUAUAAGACUUCAUAGUUAAUAUUAUUGUUUGCAAAGGCAACCUGGUUGCUGUAGAAGUGUUACCACUGCACAGAUGAUAUGAGAUCAAUACUCAGAGUUGUGAAAAUAUUGUCAUAUUUAACGGGUAGUUUUAGUAAAGUUAAUGUGGACCAUACAGAUUGCAGUUAUGAUUUUAAAAAUCUCUGUUGCUGUUUUUGGAAAUGAACAUUAAUUACUUCGGAAUCUCACGAGUGCGUUGGUUCAUAAUUUAUAUUCUGCAGUUAAAAGAAUGUUGCCUCAUAUAACAAUAAAUUCUGAUCUAAUAUCAUUUUAACUGUAGAUUAAUUUUAACUUGUAUUAAAGCCUGUUGUGGUAAUAAUUUACUGCAAAGCAGUAUGAUGUCCUGUGUUUACACAAGAUUGUGUUCUAUUACCAUGCAUGGGUUAGCUGGCAUACUGACCAAAAUUUAAAUGAAAUGUACUGAGAAAUAGCAAAAAAAAAAAAAUUAUUAUUAAAAUACUAACAAAAUUA